CCACGUGACGCCACCCCCCCCACCCUCGCUUCACCACCCCCCUACCCAAGAUGGCGGCGCGCAGGCACAGCAAGUCCGCCCGGUGUGUCAGCUGGCCGGCCCAUCUGGCCAUCCUAGGCCUGGCCUUGUGCAUCUCUCUCUCCGAUGCCGUCGACCGCAGCAACUUCAAGACAUGCGAGCAAAGCUCAUUCUGCAGGCGCCAGCGCAAGAUGGAGGCGGAGCAGUCUCCGUACCGCGCGCUGCUCGACACCCUUGACGUGCAAGAGAAUGGCGCGCGCGUGCAGCUGCUCAACACUGCCAACAAGGUGCGGCUGGUGUUGGAGGUAGUGGGGCUGAAGGACGGGAUGGUGCGGCUGCUCGUCGAUGAGCUGGCGCCACUCAAGCCGCGAUACCGCGUGCAGGACGUGCUGGUCGGGGAGCCGGCCAGCGAGCGGCUGACUGUGGUGAGCCGGGAGGAGGGCGUGGUGGUGCUGGCGUGGGGCGGCUCCGGCGGGCUUGGCGAGGGCCCCGGAGGCGCCCGCGUGCUGCUGUCGGCUCAGCCGUUCCGCGUGGACAUCGUGAGCGCCGGCGAGCUCGUGGCCAGCGUCAACUCGCGCGGCCUCCUCGCCUUCGAGCACCUGCGCCUGCGCGGAAACACGCUCUCGGAGGCAGUCGGUAACACAGUGGGUAGCAUGUGGACUAAACUCAAGAACGUGUUUUCUAGGAAGGAGUCCGGGGAAUCUCCUGGGGUGGACGAGGAGGGGGCCCCUGGGAGCGACUCCACCGAGGCGGCUGCGGAGGAAGGGGGCGGAGACGACGAUAACAGCUCCGAGUCCAAGGUGACGGAAGAGGAGGGCGAGCCGGGAAUGUGGGAGGAGACGUUUAAGACUCAUCACGACAGCAAACCCAAUGGCCCUGCCUCGGUGGGGUUGGACUUUUCUCUGCCGGGUGUUGAGUUUGUGUACGGCAUCCCCGAGCACGCCGACACAUUCCGUCUCAAGACCACCACGGGCUCGGAGCCUUACCGCCUCUACAACCUCGAUGUGUUCGAGUACGAGCUGGACACCAACAUGGCACUGUACGGCGCAGUCCCCUACCUCAUUGCGCACCGUCCCGAGCGCACCCUCGGCAUCUUCUGGCACAACGCCGCCGAAACUUGGGUGGACAUCAGCUCCAACACGGCCGGCAAGACGGUGUUCGGCAAGAUGCUGGACUACGUGCGCGGGGGCAGCGAGGUGCCGCAGACGGACGUGCGGUGGAUGUCGGAGAGCGGCAUCAUCGACGUGUUCGUGCUGUUGGGGCCCACGCCCAACGACCUGUUCCGGCAAUAUGCCUCGCUCACCGGCACGCAGUCGCUGCCGCCGCUCUUCUCACUCGGCUACCACCAGUGCCGCUGGAACUACAACGACGAGGACGACGUGCGGGCGGUGGACGCGGGCUUCGACGCCAACGACUUGCCCUACGACGUCAUCUGGCUGGACAUCGAGCACGCGGACGGCAAGCGCUACUUCACCUGGGACCCCAACAAGUUCCCUACGCCGCUCGACAUGCAGCGCAACAUUGCCAGCAAGCGCCGCAAGAUGGUGUCCAUCGUUGACUCGCACAUUAAGAUUGACAGCGGCUACAAGGUGUACACGGAGGCGCAGGCCAACGGGUACCUGAUGAAGAACAAGGAUGGGCGCGACUAUGAGGGCUGGUGCUGGCCAGGCUCGGUGUCGUACCCAGACUUUGCAAACCCCGAUGUGCGUUCCUGGUUCGCGAGCAAGUUUGCCUACGACCAGUACGAGGGCUCGAGUGAGAUUCUGUUCACGUGGAACGACAUGAAUGAGCCGUCCGUGUUCAACGGGCCCGAGGUGACGAUGCACAAGGACACGGUGCACUUGAGCGGCUGGGAGCACCGCGACCUGCACAACCUCUAUGGCCUCUACCAGCAAAUGGCUACGGUGGAGGGGCAGAUCCGGCGAUCGGGUGGUGUGGAGCGCCCUUACGUGCUCUCCCGCGCGUUCUUUGCCGGAUCCCAGCGAUACGGCUCCAUCUGGACGGGAGACAACACGGGCGAGUGGGGCCACCUGCGCGUGUCCAUCCCCAUGCUGCUCAACAUCAACCUGUGCGGCAUCUCCUUCAGCGGGGCCGACGUCGGCGGCUUCUUCCGCAACCCGCCGCCCGAGCUGCUGGUGCGCUGGUACCAGGCCGGCGCCUACCAGCCGUUCUUCCGAGCGCACGCUCACAUCGACACGCAGCGCCGCGAGCCCUGGCUCAUCGGCGCCGACAACAUGGCACUGGUGCGCGUGGCCCUGCACCAGCGCUACGCCCUGCUGCCGUUCUGGUACACGGCCUUCUACCACGCCCACCGCACCGGCGAGCCCGUCAUGAGAGCUCUCUGGGUCGAGUUCCCCAAGGAAACGGCUACGUUCGCAAUCGAGGACGAAUAUCUUCUUGGUGAUGCCCUGCUGGUCCAUCCCAUCACAGAGGCCGGCUCCCGAGGGGUGAGCAUCUACCUGCCUGGGCCCGGAGAGCUCUGGUACGACGUACACGACCACAGGAAAUACGAGGGCGGCCAGGAGCUUUACGUCCCCGUCACCAUGAGCUCGAUCCCGGUGUAUCAGAGAGGGGGCUCCGUGGUGCCGCGACAGAACCGGCCGCGACGCUCCUCGGAGUGCAUGCACGAUGACCCCUACACGCUCUAUGUCGCCCUCGACAAAGCCGGCCGGGCAGAGGGGCAGCUGUUCCUGGAUGACGGUCACUCCUUCGCCUACGACACGGACAAGCGGUUCGCGCUGCGCUCGUUCCACUUCUCCAACGGCGCGCUGGUGGCCAGCUCUGCCGACCCCAGCGGAAGCUACAGCACAAAGUCGUGGCUCGAGAAGGUCGUGGUCAUAGGCGUCAAAAAGCCGUCGCACGUCACUCUCAAGCAAGCAGUCUCUCCGUCGGAGUCCGCGUUGGAGUUUGAGUACGACGCCGCCACGGCCACCCUGGAGGUGCGAAAACCUGGCGUGAACAUAGCCUCCGACUGGACCAUCCUCAUCCAAUGAUGGAAGAAGCCGGAGCAGCCCCCCCCCCCCCCCCUGCCGGUCAUUUUGUGAGUGAUUUAUUUUUGGUUGAGGGGGUUGGGGUUGGGGUAAAAGCUACGAGGGGAGGGGGGGGGGGGGUGGGGAGGAGGUUAUUGGGAGGUGUGGUGGGGGCGAGUUUGGUGGCGGAGGGUGGGUGUGGAUGCCGCACGGGGAAACAUCCCUUUUAGCUCCGAACGACAUGGGAACACACAAAUAAUUAAAUGCCUUUUUUUUUUGCCCCUUCCUUUUUUUGUAGUUGUUUUUGCUAAAUUUGUCCCACUUUUACGUCACCGACGGAUUCCUUGACAAAUCAGCGCGCACCGUUUUUUUUCUUUCCAUCACUCUUUAUUAUUUAUUUGAUUGGGCGGGCGCCUGACCGAACGAACGCUCGCUCGCUGGCUUGCAAUAGAAAGGACCGCUCUUUCGGCUCCCGUUACUGUGAAUUCGGUUGCUUCUAUGACACGUGCCGUUGUUAGCGAUGAUGUUCAUAAAAAAAAACGCGCGAUUCCAAAGAUCCGCCGCGGAUAUUUGUGACGACAGUUCCCCUCAUUUAUACUAAUUUCCGAGCUAUGAAGGCAGCGAUUAAUUUUUUUUUUUAAUCAACGGCAGGUGCUGGUGCACGUUAUCGUCCAUAGAAAGGAACGAUAAAGCCUAAAUCAGAAUUUCAGGACCGGGGUGGCGGGUGGUGAAUUUGUUUCAUGGCUACUACACGAUGACUGCCAGAUAACAAAAACAUACAAAACACAAAUGGCUCUUUUAUGUCUAGGGCUGUGUCCUGGGCUGUCCAAUGGAAGUGAAAUAAAAAACACUUUUAAGUGACUCUAGGAGUCAUCACUUAUUGACGUUAACCAUGGCGUGCCGCCAAUCUUAUCACACCAAGCCUUGACAUUUUUUGACAGAUUGCCGUGAAGACUUUGAGCCAGAGGUCUGUUGCACGUUAUUACGCUGUCGAGAGAGGGGGGGGGGGGGGCUUCUUGGGAAGUUCACUUUUGCCGCUAGAAGCGAGGAGCCACAGGAAUUGGAUGUCCUCUUCCUUCCCUCCCCCCUGUGUGUCUGGAACCUCGCUUGCUUGGAGGUUUGCAAAGAGCUGGCCAGUAUCUGUCCAGGAGCUUACACAGCAUCCAUUUCCAUUUAUUGUUUAAAAAUAAAAUGUAAUCACGGUUGCCGAGCACAGGCCCAGAGAGGGCUCCCGAAACGGCCAACAGCCAGUUACAAUCGUCGAGAUUGAAGGGCGUACUCAAACGGGACCUUUUCCCCAUGUCGCGACGCGACGGUGGGAGGGGUGCGGAAUGGAUCUCGGAUUUGUUUUAGGAGGUGGAACGAACGGCGCAACGAUUCGUCGUCCGUCGAUACCGAUCGGCGUUGAGCUUACGCCGGCCCCGCGUCGGCCCGCGUCGAUCGCGCGCGUGAGAAUCGAUGUUCUUUCUGUCCGUGUGUGUGUGUGUGCGCUCAAUGUACGAUGGGUUCGCGUCGCCCUUGCGGCCGCUAGGUUUCACCGAUCGUUUGGCGCAGCGUAAAAAAUCUAAACGAAAAUAUCUUGCUUUGAACAGUGACCCAGAAUCGUGACAAUUCGUCAAAUCGCUAUGGGGGUGGGAGGGUCGGGGGCCGGGGUUGGGGAGGGGUUUGGGUGAAUUGUUCCACCCCUGCUUUUUAUGCCACGCUUGGCACAGAGUAAAACGCUCGGCGCAUCUCCGCUUGUCUUUCGCAGUCGAACCCACGCUAAUGUGCGAGGUGUGUAUCGAGUCCCAUUGGCCAUUGGUGGCACCACUGUUUACAGGCUGUGGUGGGGGAGAGGUGGGCGGGGGGUGGGGGCUGAUACAGAGGAGGGGACACCCUCCUCUGUAUGUUUGGCGAAUGUUAAUUAGGUAACAAAAAAAAUAAUCUGUGGGGGUGGUGGGGGGGCGCUGCAACAGCGGGGUGCAGAAAAACUCGCUGGCCUUGUUCUAAACUUGAGAUGGACGUGAGUUGGAAUCCCUGGCCCCGUGUUACACGGGGUCCCCGGUGUGGCAGUUGGUUACUAAGUUUUAAUUUGUAGUUGAUGAGAUAUAUAUAUGGAUUUUGCCGAAUUUAGAAAUAAUCACUAAUGCAAAACUGUUGUCAACCCCAACUCUGUAACGAACCCAUAACCCUUAACGGUACAAGCUGCGAGGCAUCUCCCUCGUGACCCCGCCACCCCCUCAGCCACAGCGGCUCUCGACCAAGCGCUGCCACUGCCACCGCUUCCAAAUGGCUUAACCCACGCGACACUCUUGAGUGCCACGGUGGUGAGAUGUUAAUUGCACGCCUGCUGCAUAUUUGGAAUUUGCAGUGUCUCUCUCCCUGUGGUUGCGUGGAUUUUUCUCUGCAUCCUCCGGUUUUUCCCUCCACAUUUAGAAAGGUGUUUCGAGUGUUUGGCUACUAAAUUUCCACGUGAUCAACCACUUCAUUGCGCUAUCAUUUGUGGCCAGGUCAUUUCUGAAAAAGAGCUACAUAGCUCAGUGGGCCUUACCUGGUAAAAAAUUUAAAUAGUUUAGUUUAGUCCCGUUGGUUGCUAGCAGCAAAAGCCUACGGUUACUUUUCACUGCGGAAAUCAACUGGCGUCUCCUACCUCUCCUGUCCAAUGACCCAGAAGGAUUUUAGUGGGGGACCAGGGCUGGUGACAGAUUGGGGGGGGGGGGGGGGUUGCUGGGAUGGGCCCCGCACCACCGCAUGUUCUUUUGCCCUCCCCUCACCCAGCUUCACUCUCCUUUUAAGUCGUGAAUCACUGCAAACUUGGCCCAGCACCACUGGAGUUAGAACUGGGCCUUGUGGGGGAAGAAUGGUAUCGCCAAACCAGCCCCCCCCCUCCGUGUCUAUUAGGUGAGGGCAUUUGUCCACCCCUCUGACUACCCAACCCCCCAAACCUUUGUGGCACCACUUACCUGAGUCGUAGUGGCCGGUUGUGCUCGGCACCGUCAAGUGACGCCAACCAGUUAAACCUGUGGUGGCCACGAUGAACCACACCUGUCGUCCAACGCGCGCACGUGGGGUUGAUGCGUCGUGCAGAUGGAUUAUUUGGUGGUAAUCCCACUUCUUUUUUUUAUUAUUCUUGAUGAGGGUCGUCUAGUCUCUUUGGGUUUGGGUGGGUUUUGAAAUAUAGGUAUGGGCUACAGAGCAGAAGUUUGGUUCUAGUUCUGGACUUAAGAGGGUGAAUAUUGAGUGACGAGUCUGAGCCGUAGGGUAGGUGCAGUUCUGGGUCUGGUUUACAGGGUGAGUUUAGAGUUCGAGGUCUGGGCUACAGAGUGGGUGCCAAGUUAUUGGUCUGUGGACCCCAGAGUGAAUUUUAGCUUCUUGACUGUUUGAUGUAUGUUGAGUUCUAAAUCAGCGGUAUAGAGUAGGUGUUCUAGAUCAGAGCUUUAUAUAUCAUGAAUGUAUCAGAGCUCUUGGCUACUUAGGAGGUCUUUAGUUCUAGAUAUGGGCUAAAAGGUGAGUGUUAGCUUCUAGCUAUAGGGGAUAGGUGUUAAGUUCUAGGUCUGGGCUAUAGGGUGGGCAUUGCUUUCUAGGUUUGUGGUCGGUCCGUGUAGAGCCGUGUGUUGGCGGAUGUUGCUGUUCAGCCGACUCUAGGUGAAAACGUCAAAAUGUCUUUUCGUCGGAAGCAGCAGCAGCGACAACAUCAUCAACAAUGGGACAAACGGUCAAGGCCGGCGGUGAUGUUCCCCGCCAGUCUCGUGUGGACGUGAAUAUCGAUGCCCUGAAGUGGAAACGUCCCCCGGGUUUUCCCUUUCUUUUCCCUUUCUACGCCGGUGCGUAAACUAGGGGGAUGUUUUUCACCGUCGCUGGCGUUUGAUGCAACCGACCACGGAGUGAGAGAGGAUCUCUUUGUGCGUGUCGCCACAUUCCCUAAUGGAGUCUGCACUUGGGAGGUGAUCUCUGUGUGCGUGUAUUUGCGUGCGGGAGUCUCGAUUUGUGAAGAAGUUUAAUCCACAGCAGAAGACAACGAUCCCCCUUUUCCCAAUAAUGGUCAACGUCGUUCGCAACGCCGCCUCCCAACUAAAUUUCCAAAUAGUUUUUUUGUUACACGAGUGCAGUGAAAUCUGAACCUCCAAACGUGUGGACCCCCCACCCACCCACGCGAGGCAGGCAUUUUUCCCCGCCACCGUCUCCCGUCUGCGACGAGCCGUCCAUCCGCGCCGGUGAAUUCUACAAGUUCGAUUCGCACGUUCUCCCGCGUGACUAUGGCUGGAGAAACGAGGUGUUUUGGCACGUGCGCGCGCCCAUGUGCGGCACCGUAGGUUUACACAAGCGGCUAAAAACCGGGUGCAUAGUUGAAAGUUGGCAACGUUUUAAGAUGGGAAGGACCGUAACCUGAAAGUAACGAACGGUUGUUCUAGAGUACCUACACCAACCACUUUCAGGUUGCGUGUUCUCGGGCUGUCUGGCACGGGUUUUUGUGAAGCUUCGUUUAUAAGAAAUUAUGCGUGGAUUUAUGUAAUGCUUUCCAACGUUUGUUUGCCUCCUGAAGUAGGUUAUUAGCAGCGCGGAAGCCCAACGGAUGGCUGCCAGGGUAAAAAAAAUAUUGUUUGCUUCGUUAUAAAUAGUCCUUUUUGAUCUGGGCUGUGCCUUCACAAGUGUUGGGCAAUGCUCAGAUCAAUUUGACAUGUUUUCUAUUGGGUAAGUCCCUGAUAGCAGCACAACUUUAUCCUCCAGGUUGGUUCAUAUUGGAUCAUCUGUACGAGAGUUAUAGUGCUUCCCCCUGCUGCAGAUGGACAGAUGGACGGAGAUAAUAGCACCUUCCAACCUCUGGAAAGUGUUGCAAAACAAUUUUUGGUGGCUUUCAGCAGGAAUGUCUUGUCUCAUCACCAAUAUUGUUUUAAGUUUUUACCACGUACUUUGGUAUAAUCGACCUCAGAUGUUCAUGCUGCAGCAUUGGUUUGCUCCAAAGGCCGAGUCUGUAUUUUAAAGAUUGGUGUUAAAAUUUAGGAAUUAUUCCGCUCUUCCACGUGGAAAUGGCAUUAUUUUGUUUGUAAUUAACUGCCAUCUCUGCCAUGGCCUUGGCUUUUCAAAGUUGUCUUGUAUUCUAAAAUCUGAUCGCUCAGCAGUUCACAUUUUCGCUUGAGCUCUGCGAGGUCUUCACACGUUCUCAUUUCUUGGACGCUUGGCAGCAUUCCGCAAUGUUUUUGUAUCUUGUCUGCAAUUUGUUUAUUUUAAAUAUCUGCAGCACGUCUGUCUCCCUUGUCAUUUCCUUUGACCAGAUGUAGAUCUUGACGACCCUGAUAUUUCUUCAGAGAUGGCUUGGGCCACGGAUUCCACUCAUUUGUCUUUUUGGCGUCGAGGACCAGUUUUAGUUCAUUUUAAGUCGGAGUUGCACACUACCCAAGGCACGUCAUAGAUGCUGUUGUAACUCCUCCGUGGAAUUCCUGGAUGCCAUGGGGGGCACACAUCCUCCAUUGCAACAACUGAGCGCAAAGCUGGAUUUUAGCCAAACUGAAAAACAGAUUUUAAAGUGAUGGGACCCAUCAGUUCACGACACUUGAGAACCCUCCGGUUUAAUCGUGGACAACUUAAAUCUGAAUUCGUAACCCAGAAAUCUUGGCAUAUGCUAACUUGCAUUUCGACAUUUUAAGCCAACGGGCCACAAUGAACGGUCGCAUUCACAUAAAUAUCAAUAUCGAAGCUUCACACGUGUCGGCGCAGGAUACACCACCUCGGUUGUUGGUUACUUAAGAGAAAAGCAAAUUUGUUUGUUUGUUGCUACUGUAGGUUACACCUUCAAGAACUAGUUGGGGCGCUGUUUGAGUUGAGUUCAAUGUUCCAAUAAAAACAAUGUAGGUUGCACCUUCAAGAACGAGUGGUUGGGGCGCUGUUGUCUGAGUUGCGUUCAAUGUUCCAAUAAAAAACACAAAGUAACA